ACACUUUGUGGACGGUCCCUAACUCUGAGUUGUUUUACAGCCGCGCUCACUGUCUUGACUGUUGAACUCUCUACCGGGGAGGGAAAGUUGUGGAAGAUGCACUGAAACCGAUGAAAGGGCCAAAAACCCCGCCAACGGUACACAGCCAAAACCAGAAUGCGGAGCACCGGACAGACGGAGCGGUCUGAACAUGUUUCCAGAGAUGACUGACCUUGAAGCAAAGAGGGAUUUCCAGCCCUUACUUUAAAGCCACGUUCACUAUAUUUAUUUGUUCCUAACUCUUCCAUUGGUGUUCAUCAUACCACGAGCACACUCCAGCUGGGAACAAUGUCUUUUUUGACAAGAAAGAAGAAGUUCAAAUUUCAAGUGCACUUUACAUUGGAGGAGCUAACAGCGGUGCCUUUUGUCAAUGGAGUGCUUUUCUGCAAGAUCCGGCUGAUUGAUGGGGGGGACUUUGCCAUUCAGUCAUCCAGAGAGGAGGUGCAGCAGAACUGUGUUCGAUGGAAGAAGAAGUUCUCUUUCGUGUGUAAGAUGGGUGCUAAUCCAAUCACUGGAGUGUUGGACCCCUGCAUCUGCCGGGUCUCUGUACGUAAGGAGCUCAAAGGUGGAAAGGCCUUCUCAAAGCUAGGUUUUGCUGAUCUCAACAUAGCAGAGUUUGCUGGUUCAGGCUCCACAGUUCGCUGUUGCAUCCUGGAGGGUUAUGACACCAAAAACACCCGGCAGGACAACUCUAUCCUCAAGGUAACAAUUGGAAUGACUCUCCUGUCUGGGGAUCCCUGCUUUAAAACGCCUCCCAACACGACCAAAUCUGUCUCCAUUGGAGACGAGGACCCAACCCUGCAGCUGGACUGUAAGGGGGAGAGCACUGACCCCACAGGGCAGCCUCUGGGGGGCGUCAGCGGGGGGGCGCGCACCUUCAAACCCAGACAGUCAUCAGUACGUAGCUCAGGGCUUCCUGAGGAGGGGGAGUGUGUGUCAGAGGAGGUCUUCCACACUGGUCAUAUCCGCAGCUCCAGCCAAGCCAGCCAGCACAGCAAGAUCUCAGGCUACAGCACGGCUCACUCUCGCUGCUCCAGCCUGACUGACCUCAGUCACCAGAGGAACGCCUCCUCCAGCAGUAGUGUUUCCACUGGGUUAGCCCAGAACGCCCCCUCAACCCCCACCGAGCCUCAGCGACAUGCAUCUCCCACCAAACCAGAGAGGCCCCCCCCCCCCUCUGCAGCAGCCCUCAUGUCCAACAGAUCCUCCAGGAGGAAGAAGGACCCGGUGGAGAGGCAGCCCAGCUGUGUGGACGACACCCGCAUCGAUGCAGGCGACAUCGUGGAGAAGAUCGUCCAGAGCCAGAACUUUUCUGACAGCAGCAACAAUGAAGACAGCAACUUGAGACUGUUUGUCAGUAAAGAUGGAACCACCGCCCUCAGCGGGACUCAGCUCUCCAACAGAGGAACACCUGGUAUUUUUGAGCCGGUGGUCAUCGAGACUCACUGAGAGAUAUCACCUCUCCAGCUCAUCAGCUGGGAAUGAUUGUGUGACAUCAGAGUGUCUGUAUGUGCAAGGUUGCAUACUGUUCUUCAGUGCACACGACUUGAAAUAAGUCGACAAUAUAAAUGAGGAACCUUUAUGAAUUAAUCAGGAGGUACACUGAAACGUUGACUUUAUCUAAAUGUAUUAAGUUGAACCUAUUUAAACGUAAUAUUAUUGCUUUUGAUUAACCUAAUACAGUUAUGUGAAAUGUGUUGACAUCAUACAUUGAAUGAAGUCAACGUUUCAGUGUGUUCAGUGUGGGAGGGUGCAACACAUGAUUACUGUCUUUUCUCAAAUGAAGAAAACAAAUGGUAUUUUUUACUAUAUUAAAUGAUGUUAUAAGUACAUUUUAAAA